CUGUUCCGUGUCUCCCGUCACCGAGCUGCCACAAUGACAGCCCGUUGCCAAGGCAUCCUCAUGACCGGGCUGCCAUCAUGACACAGCUGAAUCGCCCUUCAUAUCAAAUCAAUGUCAGUUUUAGCCCGGUAUAGUUGGGCAACUGAACGGAUUCCGGCCUAUACGAGCGACAGUACUGCAACGACCAACACCUCUGCAGAGCAAUUUACUGAACUCAACUCGACUCCACGCCGGUUCCAAGAUGGCUGCCGUCUGGCUGUCACUGCUACUGCUGUGUGUCGGGCAAACCAACAUCAUCGCUAGAGCAGCAGGCGCCUGUGUUCAGAGUGGCGUCAUCAAUGAGAAAUCUGUCUGGAACCAGGGGAUGAGCGCUAACCUCAACAUGAAGUUUCCGUCAGCAGUGAACAGUUGGAGGGUAACCAUGACGUUUGACCGCGCUCUCACCAACUUUGAGACAUGGUCUGCGACGCCAUCGACAUCCAACAAUGUCGUUUACACGCUGGAUAAUCUCCCUUACAACGGGAACCAGCCAGCUGGGGCCUCGCUGUCCAUUGCUUUCAACGCUCACUUUGCCAGCAAAGCUGAGGUCAUCAGUGUCAAGAUGAACGGCGUCGAGCAAUGUCGAGGAGGUGUAGCAGGAGCAGGAGGGGCUGCAACUACCACAACCACGACCACUACGACCACGACUCCAAGCACCGGCUCCAACAACCCUCCAUCAUCCCUCCCCUACGACUACCAAGAGGUACUAAGGAAGUCUCUGCUGUUCUACGAGGCCCAACGUUCGGGUCGUCUACCAUCAAACAACAGGAUCCCUUGGCGAGGUGACUCGGCGAUGAACGACCGAGGAGAAAACGGGGAGGACCUAACCGGCGGCUACUACGACGCCGGCGACCGCGUGAAAUUUGGCCUCCCGAUGGCGGCUUCCAUGACCGUCUUAGCUUGGGGCGCCAUCGACUUCGCCAGCGGGUACGCCGGUGCCGGACAGAGCAAGUACGUCAAGCAGGCCGUCAAGUGGGGGACCGACUACUUCAUCAAGGCGCACGUCGGCUCCACGGACUUCUACGGUCAGUGCGGUAACGGUGAUACGGAUCACGCCUACUGGGGCCGAGCCGAGGACAUGACCAUGAACCGUCCGUGCUACAAGAUCACGGCUUCUAAGCCCGGCUCCGACCUGGCCGGCGAGACGGCUGCCGCUCUUGCCGCUGCCUCCAUCCUCUUCAAGACCUCGAAUCCCAGUUAUUCGGCCACCUGCUUGCAGCACGCAAAGCAGAUGUUCCAAUUCGCCGACAGACAUCGUGGCAAGUACCAGGACGCGAUCCCAAACGCCGGUAAAUUUUACAGCUCCAGUGGUUACGGCGACGAGCUCGCGUGGGCAGCAGCCUGGUUGUACCGCGCUACCAACGACCAGACUUAUCUGGACAAGGCCAAGGGCUUCUUCCAGGAGUUCUCCGACUUGAGCGGACGUCCCAGCGAGUUCUCUUGGGACAGCAAGCACGCGGGUGUUCAGCUCCUCAUGUAUCAGCUCACGGGUGAAUCCUCUUAUGGAUCCAUGGUCACCCAGUUCUGUGACUGGGUCAAGAACAACGCACCUCGCUCGCCCAAGGGCAUGGUCUAUCUGAACCAAUGGGGUUCCCUCCGACACGUGGGAAACGUGGCCUUCAUCUGCCUAGUUGCCGCCAAGAAGGGACUGAAGUCCAACGCCUACGAAAACUUCGCCAUCCAGCAGCUCAACUACAUCCUGGGAGACGGCGGGCGCAGCUAUGUGGUCGGCUUUGGCAAAAAUCCUCCCGUACGGCCUCACCACGCCGGGGCCUCGUGUCCGGACGCACCGGCGCCCUGCGGCUGGGACCAGCUACACACCUCGGAGCCCAACCCGCACGUGCUGUACGGCGCUCUGGUCGGAGGACCCGACCAGUACGACGCGUACGAGGACAAGCGAAGUGACUACGUCAAGAACGAGGUAGCAUUAGACUAUAACGCUGGCUUCCAGAGCGCCAUAGCCGGCGUUUUGUCUCUCUAAUAAAUAUUCUGCGAACUGCCAACAACAUGAGAUGGAGAUCGUUACGAGCUGAAGACUCUUGGAAAAUGAUGAGAUGACGUUUGUUAAAAAAUUAGGAUGCUGAAUGGUUUGGCGUUGAUGACUAGAUAAGUGAAACUUUUUUAAAUAUAAAGGUACUGUAUUAUAGAAAGCCUGAAGGCUUUCUAUAAUACAGUACCUUUAUAUUUAAAAAAGUUUCACUUAUCUAGUCAUAUAUGUCACAAUGAACGUUCAACAUUUGGCGUUGAUGUUAGUUGUGAACGAUGCUUGUACUACGACGUACUGUUGGCUGAACAGUCACGUUUCGUCUUCUCUUGUUCAAUGCUAGCAAAUACAGAUAUCUAAAGGUA